ACCUCCCAUCGUUGACCAUGGAUCCCGAGAUCCAAAACUUCAUCUCUGUAUGGCUCACCGCCGCCGCAUCCCUAAUUUACUGCCACCAAAUCGCCGCCCGCGUCCCGUCCGGCGCGGCCAGGCUCCUCUCCCUCCUCCCAAUAAUGUACCUCUUCACCACCCUCCCCCUCCGCCUCUCCUCCUUCCACCUCGGCGGCCCCACCAUCUUCUACCUCGUUUGGCUCGGCAACUCCAAGCUCCUCCUCUUCUCCUUCGAUCAGCCCCCUCUCUCCGCCACGCCGCCGUUAUCUCUCCCCAACUUCCUCUCCACCGCCCUCCUCCCCAUCAAACACACCUCACCAUCUCCGUCCAUCGCCAAAUCCGCAUCCAAAAACAAAACCCCCAAAAUCGCAAUUUUCGCCAUCAAAUGCGGGCUUCUCGCAUUCAUCGUCAGCCUGUACAGUUACAGAGAGUUUAUGAAUCCGUAUCUGAUCUACGUGCUCUACUGCUGCCACGUGUACCUCGGCGUGGAGCUGAUCCUCGCGUCCACCGCGGCGCCGGUGGCCGCGCUGGGGCUGCAGCUGGAGCCGCAGUUCGACGAGCCGUACCUCGCCACGUCGCUGGGGGAUUUCUGGGGGCGGCGGUGGAACCUCGUCGCCGGAGGGAUGCUGCGCGCCACCGUGUACGUCCCCGUGCGGCGCGCGCUCGGGGGCGGGAGGCGGGAGGCGGCGGUGGUGGCGACGUUCGCGGCGUCGGGGCUGAUGCACGAGCUCAUAUAUUACUACCUGUCGCGUGAUAAGCCCACGUGGGAGGUGACGUGGUUCUUUGUGUUGCACGGGUUUCUUGUGGCCGUGGAGGGCGGGAUGAAGUCGGCGCUCGGGGGGCGGUGGAGGCUGCCGGCGGCGGUGGCGAGGCCGCUGACGGUGGGGAUUGUGGCGGUGACGGGUGCGUGGCUGUUUUUCCCUCAGGUGAUAAGGAGUGGAUUGGAUCUCAAGGCCAUUGAUGAAUACUACGUUGUUCUGCGUUUUCUUCGUAAAUCUUUUAAUUCAAUAUGACUCCAAUACCACUGUACUUUAUUUUU